AUGAGAACGAUGACCAAUAAUCGCCAGGCUCCGAUUCAAAAAAGUCGAAAAUUAGUCGUCGUAGGAGAUGGCAUGUCUGGCAAAACAUGUCUCUUAUUCGCAUUCAAAGACGAUGAGUUCACUGCCGAUCACGUUCCGACUGUUUUCGACACUUAUGUCGCUGAAAUUGAAGUAGAUAAUAAAACUGUCGAUCUGGCCCUAUUCGAUACAGCUGGUCAAGAAGACUUCGAUCGACUUCGGCCAUUGUCCUAUCCCGACACGAAUGUGAUUCUUAUGUGCUAUAGCGUUGAUAAUCCUGUGUCAGCGAGCAGUAUUAUCGAAAAAUGGGUUCCCGAAGUGCGACAUUUUUGUGGCAAAUGUCCGGUCAUCUUAGUUGCAUGUAAAAUAGAUCUCCGGACGGAUCCUCGAACGAUCGAAAAAUUGAAAACGCAAGGAGAGAAGCCGGUUUCAACUGAAGCAGGAAAACAUUUAGCUGCACAGAUCAAAGCCGAUGCGUUUAUGGAAUGUUCAGCAAAAACUCGUGAGGGUUUACAAGAAUUAUUCACGCUUGCCGCUCGUUUAUCGUUUAAAAAGCGCAGCAGUCAUAAGAAACAGCGAAAAUGUAAACGAAGAGGAAGUGAAAAUUUGGAACCACAGAUGGCCAGUAACAAAAAAAAAGUCGUUGAAAAAAGUCGCAAGUUAGUCAUUGUUGGCGAUGGAGGAUGUGGUAAAACAUCUCUAUUGUAUGCAUUCACACAAGAUGUAUUCGAUUCGAAUUAUGCGCCGACUAUAUUUGAUACUCAUGCCACAGAAAUUCAAGUAGAUAACAAACGAAUAACUUUGGCACUGUUUGACACAGCUGGUCAAGAAGAUUUCGAUCGUCUCCGUCCAUUGUCGUAUCCAGAUACGGACGUCGUCCUGAUUUGCUUCCGUAUUGACUCUUCAGCAUCGGCGUCAAACGUUAUUGAAAAGUGGAAUCCUGAAGUUCGACAUUUCUGUGACCAAUGUCCGGUCAUCUUGGUUGGAUGUAAACAAGAUCUGCGAGCCGGCCCUCAACGUGCUGAGAAAUUAAGGAAGAAUGGUGAUACGUUCGUCACGAACGAGGCGGGAAGGAAAAUAGCUGCACAAAUUAAAGCUGAUGCUUACAUGGAAUGUUCAGCGAAAACUCGCGAAGGUGUACAGGAUUUAUUUGUUCUCGCCGCACGCUUAUCAUUGAAAAAGCGUCAUUUGAAAAAACACUCGUGUUCGCUGUUCAACUAA